GCUUACCGCAGGUCUUCGGCAGUCAGGAGCUGAUGGGGCGCGCUCUCGAGGGCCAGCGCGCGGCGUCGAUCGGGUGCUCAACCGCGCCGGCUGCUUCGACGAAGCGGCUGGAGCAGGCAGAGGUGCCGGCGCAGACGCUACAGGAGAUGCAGCGCACAACUCUGGCGAGACCUGUCCACCGCGCUGUCUGGACGCUACUGGACAGGGUGCUUAGCAAGGCAUUGGACUACGACGCCCGCGUCCUUCACCCGGAGUCUUUCUCCACACUUGCGGAGCGAUUGGACCGCGCCGCGUGGACCACAUCUUGCAAAGCAGCACGCGGUGGCAUGCUCACCGUGACGCAGGCGUCGUGCUUGAGGUUGUCUGCUAAGUUGGGAGGCUGCGACUUGGUCAGCUGCGCCUCGAAAGGUUUAUGUUCGCACCUCGCUGGGGCUGUCCAGUACUUGCCGACAGUGGAGCGGAGGCUCCAGGUACACGCUGUGCUACUGCAGGCUCUGCAGUCCGAGUUGCACGAAGCUCUGCGGGUCCGCUUCUGUGGGUCGCAGCGGGGCUCGGCGCGCCUGCCGAGCUGCGCGGGGUCUGUCUCUAGCCCGUGGCUCACUGAAUUCCCGGCGUCGUGGUGGCUAGAAACCACGGACGGCAAGUUUGUCAUGGCUGUCAAGUUCAGGCUCGGCCUGCCAGUGUACCCUGCCGGCUUACUGCGCAUGCAUGCGAAAUCGAAGGAUCAGUCUGACCAUUGCGGCAAGGCUCUGGACAUCCACGGUGACCACGCUGUCUGCUGCAAUACGGGCCCCUACAUUUCCAUGCGGCACGGCUCGCUGAACGGCGUUCUGGC